AGCAUCCCUGCACCGGCAUGCACAGUCUCCCAAAGCUGAUACAGCUGAAGCGUACACCAAGCUCCCCCCCCACCACCACCACCACACUCUCUCUCUCUCUCUUACACACACACACGCACACGUGCUCGCAGCCACACACGCGCAGUGCUGUCAGGAGCGCCGCUGCUGGACCAGCCAUCUCGCGAAAGGAGGUUCCAGCGCAGGGAAGAGAAAAGCCAGAGUGGGAGCAAGACAAAGAGAAGGAGGACGGUUAGAAGGAGAGGAGCGAAUCGGAGCGCGCGGACCGGCACGAGGAAGGAAGAGACACAGCGCUUUGUGAAGAACAGCAGCAAGAAGCGAAGGGGACAGGAGGAGGGAGGAGGAGGACAAGGAGAGGAAGAAAAAAAAAAGAGAGGAGGGGGAAACAGGAAACGCGAUCACUUUCAGCUGCAGCGGUCCGUGUCGCAGCAUGGGCAAUGCACCAUCUCAAGCCAACGCUGGGGCCUGUUAUCCUAAGCAAGAUGCCGAGCGCGGUGGCAGUCACAUGAUCUCCACAGAUGACUUGGAGUAUCCACGAGAGUACCGGACGCUGGACAACAGGGGCCGCCGCUUCUCCAAUGUGGGCCUCGUGCACACGUCGGAGCACCGGCACACGGUCAGUGCCGCCCAGAGCCUGGAGGCCCUGACCAACCUGCACAAGGCGGACAUGGAGCGCAAGCGGGACGCGUUCAUGGACCACCUGAAGAGCAAGUACCAGCAGCAGCAGCAGCAACAGCAGCAGCAGCAGCAGCAGCUGCAGCAUCCGCACCACAGCCCGCACCACAACCCGCCGUCGCCCUCGCCUUCCCACGCCAGCAUGAGAGGCAGUCAGUCAGAGCGGGCGGCACGUGAGCAGCAACAGCCCAACUACUGGAGCUUUAAGAGCCGCAGCCCACGGCACUCCCAGUCUACCCAGUCUGGGCUUGCCGACCAGGCCGCCAAGCUCUCCUUUGCCUCUGCCGAAUCCUUGGAGACCAUGUCAGAAGCCGACCUCCCCCUGGGCUUCAACCGGAUGAAUCGCUUCCGCCAGAGCCUGCCGCUGUCCCGCUCCGCCAGCCAGAAUAAGCUGCGCUCUCCAGGCGUGCUGUUCCUGCAGUAUGGCGACGAGACGCGCCGCGUGCACAUCACCCACGAGCUGAGCAGCAUGGACACGCUGCACGCGCUCAUCGUCCACAUGUUCCCGCAGAAGUUGACAGCGGGCAUGCUCAAGUCCCCGAACACGGCCAUCUUGAUCAAGGACGAGGCACGCAACGUUUUCUACGAGCUCGAGGACGUCCGGGACAUCCAGGACCGUAGCAUCAUCAAGAUUUACCGCAAAGAGCCCAUCUACGCUUCCUACCCUGCUGCUGCACACCUGGCCAACGGAGACCUGAGGAGGGACAUGGUCUACUCCUCUCGCGACUCUUCCCCGACUCGCCGCCUCAACACCCUCCCCUCGUCGUCGGCCUCGGCGUCCUCUGGCUCUCCGUCCCGCUCACGCCUCUCCUACAGCGGGGGACGCCCUCCGUCCUUUGCCGGCUCCCAUCCUCAGCACGAACAGCCCCGACACUCGCACCAUCCCUCAGCCAAUCACAGCGCCAACGCGAGCCUGUCGCCCUCACCCAGCGCCAUCCUGGAGCGCCGUGACGUCAAGCCCGAUGAAGAGGUUUCUGCGAAAAACAUGGCAUUGAUGAAGAAUGAAGGGCUGUACGCAGAUCCCUACAGCUUGGUGCACGAGGGUCGCCUCAGCAUCGCUUCCACCCAGUCUUUAGCUGCCAUCGGAGACCCCUUCAGCUUCCCCGUUUCCAGUGGCCUGUACCGCCGCGGCUCGGUCCGAUCCCUCAGCACCUACUCAGCUGCUGCACUUCAGGGAGACCUGGACGACUCUCUGUACAAACCGGGAGGUUCGCUCUACUCUGACACGUAUUCCUCAGCCACCCUGGGAAUGGGUUUCCGCAUGCCGCCCUCGUCGCCACAGAAAAUCCCCGACAUGCAGCUGAGGGACAGGGACUAUUCCAGCUCUCCCAGCAGAGCGUCGCCUCUGAGGCAGACGUUUCGCAAGGACUCGACUUCUUCCUCUGUGUUUGUGGAGAGCCCAAAGUCAAGGCCCAGCUCCGGUUCAGAGCCUCUGUGUCUGACUGCCGGCCCCGGGGAGGGUGGCAGGGCCACGCCUGGUUUUGGUUCUUCAUUAUCUGGUCAAGACCCUGACAGCAGCAGGGAUCAUCGGCUGGAGCGGAUGGAGGCCAUGGAGAAGCAGAUAGCGAGCCUGACCGGCCUGGUCCAGAGUGUGUUGACCAGAGCACCGGACAGCGACAGCACAUGCGGCCUGCUGCGUCUCUGCAUGAUGGCGGGCUGCCCUCCGGACCAGGGGAGCGAGUUUUCACGGCCAUUACCUUUCUCUUCCAGCGAGAAGACCGAAACCAACAGUGACGGCUCCGCCACUGGAACUGGACGGCUGAAGCGCAAAGCUCACACACCAUCAGCACCUCUAGCUCUGAUGCCGCCGCCACCUUCUAACAGCAUCAGCCGCUUGCAGAUGCACCUCCACCUGCAAGGCCUGCAGCAGAAUGCCACCGACCUGCGCAAACAGCUCGCCCAGCUUCGUAAGACACAGAUGGAGAACCAGGAUUCGGUGAAAACUCUGCUGAAGCGGACGGAGGCGGAGCUGAACGUGCGCGUGGCAGACGCCCUGAGGAAGCAGGAGGAUCCUCUGCAGAGACAGCGCCUCCUCGUGGAGGAGGAGAGGCUCAAGUACCUCAACGAGGAGGAGCUCAUCAUCCAGCAGCUCCACGAUCUGGAGAAGUCAGUGGAGGAGAUCCAGAAGGAGUCAUCCGUCAACCCCAAGCUCGUGUCGGUGCAGGAGUUGGAGGAGAAGGCCAGUGUUCUGAGAAAAGUGGGAGAGACACUCACGGAGCUGAAAAAUCAGUUCCCAGGCCUGCAGAGCAAGAUGCGGGUGGUGCUCAGGGUAGAAGUGGAGGCCGUCAAGUUCCUGAAAGAAGAGCCGCACAGACUCGACGCCCUGUUGAAACGCUGCAAGACUAUAACUGACACCCUCGCCACCAUGCGCAAACAAGCGAAUGAUGGGGUUUGGAAGAAGCAGGAGGACUUUUCCAGUCCUUCACUGAAGCACAACAACGACGACUUGCGAAAGUUGUCAGACUUUGACAUUCCCACUAGCUCACCUAUCACCAUCAAUGACCUCGGAGGAGGCAACAGUCUCUCUAACUGGAGCCCCCACUCCAGCAUUAGCCGGGGUCACGGAAACCCAUCUGGCCCUCACAAGGACAAUUAUCCACCUGUUCCCCACAAGGGCAAAGCCCUGGAAGAGCUGGAGCGCCGUGCUGCUGCAGACAAAGCUUUGUCCGUGGAGGUCCGACUGGCGGCCGAGCGGGACUGGGAGGAGAAGCGGGCCAGUCUGACCCAGUACAGCGCUCAGGACAUCAACCGGCUGCUGGAGGAGACCCAGGCCGAGCUGAUGAAGGCAAUUCCGGACCUGGAUUUUGCUGCCAAGCAGAUUAAGCCCGCCUCCAACACAACAACUUCCUCUCAGAAUCUGCAGAGUGGGACAGCGACCCCAGAGCACCGCGUCAGCAAGCCCCAGCACAAGCUCACCGGGAAAGACGGGGGAUCCAGGCGUGGCUCUGAUGAGCUUACAGUGCCUCGAUAUCGCACAGAAAAGCCCUCCAAGUCUCCUCCUCCACCUCCACCUCGACGUAGCUUCCCAUCUUCCCCGAGCAUAACCUCCCGUAGUGGAGAGCCUCUCAUUCCUGGUAAAAGUAUAAAGAAGUCUGAAUCUGAGGAGGCUGAAAUACAAAAGCCUCAUGUAAAGCUGAGGAGGGCUGUGUCUGAAAACCCUCGUCCUGCAUCGACACCUCCUACACUGGCCUCUGGGGACAAGGAGGAAGGAGAGGAGGAUAAAAUCGCUGCUGAAUUGGAGCUGUUUGAGCGAGCCCCAAACAGGUUCACCUUACCCUCAUCCAAUUCCCUGCCUGUUAGCCCUUUCAGUGGGGAAAGUGAAUCCCCCUACAGACUGGACCUGAGGUCUUCUCAGACCCUAGGCACUCAGGGAAGUGGCUUGUCUCCUGUCCCCCACAUCGUGUUGACACAGUGUUCCCCGGUUUCGCACACUUCUGCAGAGGAGCCUGUCAGAGAUUUAGGAAAUGCCUCCACGCAGGAGACUCCAUCUCAAGAUACUACGGAGGCUCAAUUCACAGAGGGAAGAGUUUCAUGUGGAAGCUCUCCUCAGCGGGAGAAGCAGGACGUGGAGCUAAAGCAGGAGCUUGCUCUGCUGCUGACUGAGAUGGAGAUGAGGGUGGUGUCUUCUCUUGAGGCCCAGGACCUCAUCAAGACUCUAGGAGAAGUUAUAAAGACUCUGACCAUCUUACCACAGACAAAAGAAGUCCCUGAGGCUCAGCUGGGAGACAGACCGCUCCUUGUGCUCUUCAGGGAGGAAAAAACUGUCAGGGAGGCUUAUACGCUGUUGAAUUCCCUUCUGGAUUCUUCCAAGCCGGUACCCAAACCCAGAAUAAAAUCCUCCCUUGGCUCUGGGAGGCAGAAGUCUCUGGUGGAGGCUCUGAGGAGAGGAAUAGAGACAGGGGAUAGGACGCUGAGGCUCCAGCACAACACUGUUACAAAGAAGAAACCUCCUGCGGCAGAGCAGGGUUUAGAAAACACUCCUGAGUGCAGAGGCUCUGUGGACUGGCAUGCCAGUCGGAGAACAGCAGACGUGCGCCGCAGCACCUACAAGAGGCUGGACAGCUUGGAGGAGACCAUUCGAGAGCUGGAGAACACCUUGAUAGAGAUCAGCGGCCAUCCGAGUGCGGAGCAGCUCUACGCUGACACAGCCGUCAGAAUGGCGCCGGCACAGGUGACUGGAAGUCCGUACCCAAAGACCAAGAAGCCUCUGGUUCCACCCAAGCCGUCAUCAGCGAGCGCAGCAUCAGUCCAGGGAGGAAAUAGUCCCGCCGUUACUAAGGUUCUCCACUCCUCAGCUACCUCCAAGCUGAAGCACCUGCAGCAGAACAGCACAGACAAGACUAAAGGUGGCAAGAGGGAGGAGUUCCUGAAGAUGCAGGGCCAGCAGCAGCAGCAGCAGUGAGCGACCUCUGCGUGUCCAGCCUUUUCAGCUCCCGUCUUUCUUUCUUUCCUUCUUUUUUUUUUUUUCAUGUCUCCUUGACG